GAACUCUCAUCACCAUGAAGAAAGUCGGUGCUAUUUCUCUUGCUUUGCUCCUCCUGCUGGCACUGGGAAUAGAAGGCAUGGUGACUGAUCGGAAGAAUAAUUGUAAGUGUAAACGCAUGUCUGCCAGAAGUAUACCGGUGAGAUUCAUGACCAACUUUGAAGUCUUCACCGUCAGCUCUUCCUGCGACAAACUCGAAUAUGUGGUGACACUGAAGAAGCCCUUAGGAAUGCAGCUGUGCCUAGACCCAACUUCACAAAAAGUGCAGACGACGUACAAAAACUACCUAGCUUUGAAGAAUCAAAAAGCGGAAGACAGAAGCAGAAGACAAAUAAGACACCAGUAAUUUCAUCCACGCAAGGGCUGAUGGUCUCCAUUGGAUGUCUCAUCCACGCCGCAGGAACAAAAUUGCCUCAACCAAAGAGGAUGAAAGUCGGUAGAAGUCUGCGGGCUUGUAAAGCCAUAUAUUUUUGUAGAUAAUAUACAAGCUAAGGCAUCAUACAAUUUGCUGGACUUUGUUAGCAUGAUGGCGUAGCUGUUUAAAUAUAGCCAAACUGUGUUGAAUGAACCAAAUGAUGGUUAAACAAGUAUUUGAAGUCAGUCUGUUUGGAAGAGUCCUAAAGGUUUGGCUUGCAUACCACACCAAGCAGCUAGUUUGAUCUGGGCUAAGUAUGUGUUUUUUAUUUAUCAAAUGUAUACGUAGCAUGAUCCCACUCCAUCAUGUAUUUAAGCCAUCAUUCGUGAUUAGUGAACCAAGCCAAUUGUUAGCCUAACAGCAGAAUCAAACAAAAUAUGUAGGCUCCAGGUUUUGUCUGAGAGGUAGUGCAAUCGAAGGUGGCCACAGCAAUCAAACUAAUUAUCCCCAAAACCUUUCAUCAUUAUUGGUGGGUUCCAAAAAGCCAUGCAAUUAAUCUUAGGUAACCAAGGAUUUUUGAACCUACACUUUGAAGAUAGAAGAAAGAUAUAGCCCCAGAGUUGCACUGUUGGGCUGCAGAAGUACUCCAAGUCAGCUUUUCCACAUUUACAAUUGCAAAUGUUCAUGGCUACAAAUUGCAAUGAGCCAUUUUCUAAUGUGAACAUUGGCAUGGACCCUGCUAGUCCUCUACAAAGCCUGAAGACCUGGAUGAGUUCCACAGCAUGGGAUUUUGUUUGUGACUUAAGCAUUGUUGUUGGCCUGCUGAUAAUCGUUGGUUUAUUAUGUCAGCAUCCCUUAUUGGUUCUUUAUGUUUCAUUGACAUUGUGUUAUUGUUUUGAAUGUAUGGUAAGACACCCGGAGUCACAUCUGCAGCGUGCAGGAGUUGCACAAAUGAAUUUAAUUUACCACAGAAAUAACCAAAGAUUAAGCUGAAUGAGAUCACAGUAUCAUUCCUCUUUCUUCCUCAAUAAUCAAUCCUGACAACAGGCCAGUCCUGCAGGCAAAAACUCCAUCGAACAGGGUAGCUCACCGAUGAUAUGUAAUGUAAAUAGUACAUGUGAUGACAUGUAACAGAUAUUAAUAUAUUUUACAAUGGAAAAAAUCCCAGCUGGUAGCAUUGCAGAUAUGAUUCAGCAAGUAAUUAAAUAUCUGCAAACGGAAAACUAAGCUCGGAGAAUAUAGCUUUAUUGAAUACAGUUCCUCGGUCUUGUCGAACUGCUUUAAAAUAUAUAAAAUAUAAAAAUGUGCAAGGAAUCCACUACGAUAUAUUCUUAAGACUUUAGAUAGGCACCUACAUAUCUAACUCUUUCCAUCUGCUGAAGUUAACAAUAUAAUUUAUAUUAUUCAUCCCACAUUGUGUGGGGAUUUAAAAUGAGUCUUGUCGCUCCAAGAAAUCUGUAGAAAAAUUCAGUCCUCAUUUCCAUUUUAUGUAGCAACAGGCAAAGCUAUUUUCUCAUAUGUCAGUUCUAAAGAUUUGCUUCUGUUAAAUGUAUUUUCAAAUGUAUGAAACCGGUACAUUUAUAUUGGAGAUGAUGUAAUACACAUUUGAUCAGUUCUUGAACUGUUACAGAUAUUGCUUACAGCUAUACUUGAAAAUGUAACUUGUUAUGUCUACUCAGGAAAAAUGAAAUUAAUAGCAGGAUGCCUUGUAAACAUAUGUCUAUUAAUGUUUUAAAGAAAAUAAUGUAAAUUAAGUGUAGAGGAAAUAACUUUUUACCUAAGAAACUAUAAAUUAUUCAAUAAAAGAUGAC